AUGAGAAGGAUACUGGAAAUCCAUAAUGAAGGGGGAGGAGGCAAAUACUUAGGUGUCCCGGAGCAAUUUGGGAGAAAAAAAACAGAGAUGUUUCAGUAUAUUGUCGACAAAGUUAAAGAGCGAACUCAGGGUUGGCACAAAAGCUUUUUGUCUACUGGGGGUAAAGAGGUUCUACUUAAGUCGGUCGCCAUUGCAUUACCGGUGUAUUCGAUGAAUGUUUUCAAGUUACCAACAGGAAUGUGUGAAGAAAUAAAUAGUGUGUUGGCUAAGUUCUGGUGGAAUACGAAUGAAGAGAGAAAAGGAAUGCAUUGGUUUAAGUGGAAGCCGCUAUGCUUCCCGAAAAAAGAAGGUGGAAUUGGCUUUAGAGAUAUUGAAAGCUUUAACUUGGCACUCUUGGGGAAAACAAGCAUGGAGAUUGUUGCAGAAUUCAGAAUGUCUUAUGGCUCGUGUGAUGAGAGACGGCUCUAUCGAGAAAACAGCGCCCAAACCGCGCAGUCCGGCUGGCCGAGAAACUAUUGUUUCGCGCUCGGCCAAAGUCACAUCCGUCCGACUGAAGUCUCGACUGAAGAGGUAGAAGGAAUAUUGUUUGCUUGUCAUAGCUCUAGCUAUGCAGGGCACUUUGCCACUUACAAGACAGUAUCCAAAGUCCUACAAGCUGGAUUUUGGUGGCCAACAAUGUUUAAGGAUGCUCAUGCAUUCAUAUCAAGAUGUGAUGCUUGCCAAAGAAUGGGAAAUAUAAGCAAGAGGAAUGAGAUGCCACAGAACUUUAUACUAGAAGUUGAAGUUUUUGAUGUUUGGGGCAUUGACUUUAUGGGACCUUUUCCAACCUCUUUUGGUGACCAAUACAUUCUAGUGGCAGUUGAUUAUGUCUCCAAAUGGGUGGAAGCCAUUGCCAGCCCUACUAAUGACGCACAAGUGGUCAUCAAGAUGUUUAAAUCCAUCAUUUUUCCAAGGUUUGGAGUGCCUAGGAUAGUCAUAAGUGAUGGAGGUUCACAUUUCAUCAACAGAAUCUUUGCCAACCUUUUGAAGAAGCAUGGAGUCACUCACAAAGUUGCCUCUCCUUACCACCCUCAAACUAGUGGACAAGUUGAGAUCUCAAACAGAGAACUCAAGAGCAUACUUCAGAAGACAACAGGCAAGACAAGAAAGGAUUGGAGUGCCAAACUAGAUGAUGCUCUAUGGGCAUACCGCACUGCCUUCAAAACACCACUUGGUACCACCCCCUUUCAUCUUGUUUAUGGUAAAGCAUGUCAUUUACCAGUGGAGCUUGAGUACAAAGCAGCUUGGGCUAUUAAGGAGUUGAACUUCAACCUAAAGACAGCAGGAGAAAGAAGAUUGAUUCAGCUGAAUGAGCUUGAUGAGAUUAGGCAUCUAGCUUAUGAGAAUUCAAAGAUCUAUAAGGAGAGAACCAAAGCUUUCCAUGACCGCAAGAUCAUCCCAAAGAACUUCGCGCCAAACGACCAAGUUCUACUAUUCAACUCAAGGUUGAAACUCUUUCCAGGAAAGCUUCGCUCAAGAUGGUCAGGACCAUUCAGGAUUAAAGAAGUUCGCCCCUAUGGAGCAGUGGUACUAUGGGAUCCAAUGGGAGGAGACUUUACAGUCAAUGGACAAAGGUUAAAACCUUACCUAGCCUCCACCACCAUACCACAGGAGACCACACUAGCUCUUGGCGAUCCACCAGAUCCUUAA